GACCUCACCCUCCGCUCUCCCCGCCAUUCUUUUUUCUAUUGCUCCCCCACAGGCCACAGGCCACGGCCCCGGCCUCUCCACACGCGUAUCCACGGAGGCGGCGGAGGAGCUGCCGCUCAGCGAUCGAACUCGGCGCGCCCAUCCCGCCUCCCCUUGGCGAAUUGUUCGGCCGGGUAGGCGGCCCCGCAACUACCGCGAGUUGGAAGGCGUAUAAAGCGACGCACUCCGGCCGGGGAAUUGGAGUUGGAGGAGCAGUUGGCGACGGCACGACGACGGACAGGAGCAACGAAGGGAAAGGAGACCUCAGAGGCAGCCGUAGCGUUCUCCGAUCGUUGACAGCUCCCGUUCUCUUCUCCGGAUGUCCUGGGGGCCUACCGGCCCAUGGAAAAUUCAGACGCCAGAGCGGUUCGCCGCGUGAGAUGCCCCAGGUGCCCCUGCGUUCUUGAGGAGCCCCGCGCUCCGGUGUACCAAUGCGGUGGAUGCGGCGCUACCCUUCGAGCAAAGAACCGCACCGGCACCGGCAGCGCGGGAGACGCGGCCACGGCGUCGCCGUCGCGGAGCGGUCUGCCUCCUCGGAGCAGGCACCUGGACGCCAGCGACGUCGCGAGCACCAGCAGGUCCAGCACCCCGACUCCUCCUCAUGUCGCGAGCACCAGCAGGUCCGGCACCCCGCCCCCUCCUCAUGUCGGGACCAGCUGGCACCGAGCCACCACCGACGCGACAAGCAGCCGGCACGGUUCCGGUGAUCUCGCUCUCGUGUCGGCCGGGACGCGUGCGUCCGGUGACGUCGCGAGCACCAGCAGUACUCCUGACGCCACCGCGAGCAGCAGGCGCCAAGGCACCGACGCGACGAGCCGGCGCGGGUCGGGUGGUCCUGUGUCCGCCGCGAGGAGCCGUGCCUCCGGCGAUGUUUCCAGCACCAGCAGCACCCCUGACGCUAGUGCCGCCAUGAGUAUCGGGCGUCCGGGCGCGGACACCACGAGCCGGGGCGAGUCCGGUGGCCCGGCGAGGAAUCGUGUCCCUGAGCAAGUGGCACUGAUCGAGAAGAGAAGCCGCGAACAGAUCGCGGUCGGUCAGGAAGUCCGUGACGACUCUGAAGGCUGCGGACCAAGUGAUGCCGGUGGUGCAGAGUCGGGCGUCGGUGGUGCCGGCUUCUCCGGAGGAAACAGAGAGGCCACUCCUGAAUCGCAGGAUGACACAGAGAAGGGGAUGAAACGCCAGGCCGAAUCGACCGAUGCUGCGAGAAAGAAACAUUCUGGUGAAGCUGCUGUGCAGCCGCAGAACCCCCAUGACCGUCGCCAAGAACUUGCGCCGAAGUCAUCAGCUCAACCCGCAGCUGCUCAACCUGCACGGGAUGAUGCCGGCGAGAAGGCGCGGAGUCCAUCUCGCCAUGAGAUUCAAGAAGAACAUCUGGGGCCCUUGCGGAAGAAGAUUCUGAAGACGGUGGAUGAGCUGAAAGGCGACCUCUCUGAACUUUUCACCAAGUCCCCAGAGCUCAACCAGCCACGCGCGCGCCCUGCUCGUCUUCCAAAGCAAGAAGGCUACGUGUCUCGUGCGGCGGCGGCGGCGGCCUCGGGCUUCCCUGCCAGAGCUCGUCACGCCGCUGCUGCUACCGACGGUCACCGUGGUCACCAUGUCAGCGCAGCUCGUGCGGUGAAGCCCCGUCAAGCCGCUGCUCCUCCCCGUGGCCUUCCGUCACGGCGCUACCGUCAGUGCAGAGCACACCCGUGCUGCCAUGACGUGGAGCCGAGGCCGUGCCAUCACGGGCACGGCUGCUGCCGCCACCACGGCAAACCGGAGUGCAGCAGCUGCCGAGGAUACUGCUGCAGGCCCAGAGCGCAGGAGCCGUCCGCGCCGCGGAAGCCACCGGCAGGCAAGGAGCCCAAGCGGCGCCUGCCGCCCCGCAACCACUGCCGGCCGGUGCUGAAGGGCGCGCCGUUCAUCGUCUGCUCCAGCUGCUUCAAGCUGGUGCAGGUGCCCGCCGACUUCGCCGUCUCGACCAGGACAGUGCGCAAGCUGCGGUGCGGCUCCUGCUCCACCGUCCUCUCCUACUCCUACAGGGACCCGGCCAGGAAGAAGGCCUACCAGGACUCCGUCGACCAGUGCAGCAUAGACGGCUCCGAGCUGCACGUCGGCAAAGGCGACGAACGAUCCGACCCGUUCGCGCCGUUCAUCGAUGCCUUCGGGCUCAGCAGUUACUCGACGGAGGACGAACAGCGGCUGCCCGUCUCGAGGAACACGUCGUUCGACACCCUCGACGGGACGAAAGGCGUGGGGCGGCUGCAUCGACUGAUGGGGUACGGGUCAGCUAGCGAGCUGCUGCGGCACUCCCCUGACCUGUACGAGAGCUUCAGCGAGCGGACGACGCCUGACGUGAGACAGCACGACAGGAAAGGGAAAGGCGUUUGCAUCGACGACGGAGACGGCGACGACGACUACGACGUCGAUGACUCGGAUGAGGAAGACAUUGGUGCGCUGAAGAGAUCAGCGAGGAAAGGGUCCGGUUGGGCGCUCCCAUGGAUGCCCGGCAAGGGGACUCCAGCAGCGGGAGCCAUCAGGAUCAAGUAAAUAGCAGCAAAGGCUUGUGUAUAUUGCAGGAAUAGGUUCAGGUUUUGGAAUUCGAAUGGGAAUUCUUCUUAUUAUAGGUAUAUAUAGUUUGACUAUUCAUUUUAGGUGCGGUAUUGGAUUUAUAGGCUGUUUGUUUGCCAUUUUUUGAAGCGUGACAAUGCUGUAUAAUGAAAUGUGUAAAUAUCCAGCAUUGAGAGUCUGAGAAAGAAUAAGCAUCAUGGCCUUGUUUGGGAACAAGAAAUUUCAAGGUGCCUGAUGAAGAAACACAAGUGUAUAAGAAAGUAAAAUUUCCAGUA